CGUGUGCGUAGCGGAGACUAUUUUUUGUUUUCUUCGAAAUACUUAAUUAAUUUGAUAUAUAUUUUCGCACAGGAAGGAGAAAACCCGAUCCUGGCGUCUACAGGAUAAACUUUCAGGUUGAUUGGCUACAGUACUUUAGUACUGUAACGACUUGGCGCGGACAAGGACUGCUGGAGGAGACGAAAAUGAUGCAUCAGCAAUCCAUGAUGGUUGGGGAUAUGUUGCCGGUUCACCCGGAGAUUCCGCACGGCGAGGAGAUGAACAACGUGGGCUACGAGAACAGCGGGGCGAACGCCUACGACGACCUGUUCCCGGCGCUGCCGCACUCGGCGCCGCCGGUGCAGCGCCACAUCCAGCAGGCUACUAGCAAGCUGCGUGUUGGCUCCUCGCUGCACACCCAGGUUUUCCAUGUGCCAUAUGAAGAGCGGAAACUGGAUAACGCCAACACGUUUGGCGAGGGUGAAUCGUUGCGGACAUGUCAAGCCAUCACCAAGGACACCGGAGCACACAUCGAGAUAUCUACUAGCAAGGAUGGCAGCCUCACUUUCCUAUUAACUGGAAAACAUAGUGCUGUUCUGGACGCUCGUCGCAAGAUCUUGACCCAUUUCCAGCAACAGGCUAGCAAGCAAAUCUCGAUUCCCAAGGAACACCACCGCUGGAUCCUCGGCAAGCAGGGCCAGAAACUGAAAGAUCUUGAGAAGGUGACCGCCACCAAGAUCAGCGUGCCCGCCAUCGGCGACAACAGCGAGGUCGUCACCAUCACCGGCACCAAGGAGGGAAUCGAAAAAGCCGAACAUGAGAUCAGAGUCUGCUCGGAGGAACAGUCGCGCAAGGCUUUCGAAAGGAUCACCGUCCCGAAGAUCUACCACCCGUUCAUCCAGGGCCCGUACGGCGAGCGUGUCGCCGCGCUCACGGCCGAGACCGGCGCGCGCAUCCACAUCCCGCCCGCCUCAGCGCAGAGCGAGGAGAUCGUGGUGGCCGGGGAGAAGAACGGAGUGCUGGCUGCUAAGGCACAGAUUGAGCAGAUCGCUGAGGACAUGGCCAAGAAAUGCUCGACCGUCCGCGUGGAAGUGCCAAAGUCUCAGCACAAAUACGUGAUCGGCGCCCGCGGGACCACCAUCCAGGAGAUCCUCAAGGAGACCGGCGUCUCCGUCGAGAUGCCGCCGCCGGACUCGCCCACCGGCACCAUCACUCUGCACGGCCCUCACAACAAGAUCGGCCUGGCUUUAUCAAAAGUGUGUGAAAAAGCUAACUCAGUGAAAACGGCAACAGUUGACGCUCCCACAUGGAUACACAAAUACAUUAUCGGAAAGAACGGCUCGAACAUUAAAAAGAUUACUCAGGACUUCUCUAAGGUGCAUGUUGACAUAACUCAUUCCGAGGACAAGGUUAAGAUCGACGGGCCCCCGGAGGAAGUGGAGCGCGCGCAAGUGGAACUCAACGACUUUGUCAAGAACCUGAUCGCCACGCUUACAUAUGUAGAACUCUCUGUCGAUCCCAAAUUCUUCAAACACAUUAUUGGCAAAAGUGGAGCUAACAUUAACAGACUGAAGGAUGAGACUGGUGUAGUUAUUAAUAUUAUUGAAGCAGAAGGAAACAAUGUAAUUCGUAUCGAAGGCAGCCAUCAUGGGGUAGCUGACGCAGAAAGGAAGUUAAGAGAAAUGGUUAUGAAAUUAGAAAAUGAAAGGUCAAAAGAAGUUUAUGUUGACCAUAGGUAUAUUAAGUCCCUCAUUGGCGUAAGAGGGGACAGGAUUAAAGAGAUACGCGAGAAAUUCGAGCGCGUGCUGAUCACUUUACCCGACCAGGGACAAAAGAGGAGUCCAAUCAAACUGAGAGGUCCUCAGGAGGACAUCGAGAAAUGCGAGAAGCACCUUAACAAGAUGAUCAAAGAAAUCGCAGAAUCGUCAUACGUCCAAGAAGUGCCAAUCUUCAAGCAGUUCCAUAAGUUUAUCAUCGGGAAGGGUGGUGCUAACCUGAGAAAGAUCAGGGACGAGACUCAGACACAGAUCGAUUUACCGGCCGAAGGGGAUGACAGUGACGUCAUCACGGUGCGUGGCAAGCGAGAGAACGUAGAGGAAGCGGUGAAGAAGAUCCAACAGAUCCACAACGAGAAGGCGAAUGUAGUUACCGAGGAAGUGACGAUCCCGCCUAAGUACUACAACUCGCUGAUCGGCGCCGGCGGCAAGCUCAUCCACUCCAUCAUGGAGGAGUGCGGAGGCGUGCUCAUUAAGUUCCCCGCGGCCGAUAGCGACAGCGACAAAGUCAUUAUUAAGGGGCCGGGUGAAGACGUAGAGAAGGCCAAGGCGCAGCUCCUCGCCCACGCGUCCGAACGCGAGCUGACAUCGCACACCGCCACCGUUCGCGCUCGCGCCGAGCACCACAAGUUCCUCAUCGGCAAGAGCGGCGCGAACAUUCGCAAGAUCCGCGAGCACACCGGCGCCCGCAUCAUCUUCCCCACUGACAAGGAUGAGGACAAGGAAGCCAUUUUUAUCAUCGGCCGCGAGGAGCAAGUGGAAGCCGCCCGCAAGCAACUGGAAGCGGCCGUGGCGGAGAUCAGCAACGUGUCCGAGAGCGAGAUGGCGGUAGCGCCGCGCCACCACCGGCACUUCGUGGCGCGGCGCGGCGAGGUGCUGCGCCGCAUCGCCGACGACUGCGGCGGCGUGCAGAUCUCCUUCCCGCGCCAGGGCGUCAGCAGCGACCGCGUCGUGCUCAAGGGGCCCAAGGACUGCAUCGACGCCGCCAAGCUGAGGAUCAACGAGAUCAUUGAAGAUCUGGAAGCUAAGGUCACGAUCGAGUGCGUGAUUCCGCAAAAGCACCACCGCACCGUGAUGGGCGCGCGCGGCUCCAAGGUGAAGGACAUCACGGCCGAGUUCGAGGUGCAGAUCAAGUUCCCCGAGCGCGACACGGCCGAGGGCGCCGACAUCCCCGUGCGCAACGGCGGCGACGACCACGCCCACGCCGUCAACGACGUCAUCCGCAUCACCGGCCGCCCCGAGAACUGCGACGCCGCCAAGAAGGCGCUGCUCGAACAGGUCCCCAUCACUAUCGAAGUGGAAGUCCCGAACGACCUGCACAGGCUACUGGCGGGACAGAAGCGGCGAGAGCUCAUGCAGACCUACGACGUCCACCUGCUGCUGCCGCCUAACGAUGAACCCUCGGAUAUCGUUAAGGUAACUGGAACGCCUACAAAUGUUGAAAAAGCGAAAGAAGCACUUGCCGAGAAGAUCGUCGAGAUGGAAAAAGAAAAGGAAGACAGAGCUUUGAGGUCAUACGAGCUGAAGUUCAAGGUCGAUCCCGAAUACCACCCUCUGGUGAUCGGCAAGAGCGGCGUGGUGAUCACGAAGAUCCGCACCGACUACGGCGUGCAGAUCAACCUGCCCAAGCGCGGCGAGCCCGACGAUGACGUCAUCACCAUCCAGGGCUACGAGGACAAGGCGCACCAGGCCAAGGACGCCAUCAUGGCCAUCGUCCAUCAGCUGGACAACCAAUACCGCGAGGAAGUCGACAUCGACCCGCGAGUCCACAGACGGCUGAUCGGGCAGCGCGGCAAGAACAUCCGCAAGAUCAUGGACGAGUACAAGGUGGACAUCCGCUUCCCGCGCCAGGGCGACGACAGCAUCGUCGUCAUCACCGGCGACGAGGACAAUGUGCUCGACGCCAAGGACCAUCUGCUCAACGUGGCCGAGGAAUACUUGCAAGACGUCGCAGAUCGUUACACGCGGCCCGCGGCGCCGUCGCUCGACUUCGGCGAGGCGCUGGCCAGCGAGCCUGCCGCCGCCGCCGCCGCGGCCGCCCCCGCCGCCACCGGCGGGCCGCCGGCGGCCGGGUUCGUGGUGAAGGGCGGGCCGUGGGAGCAGCGCGCGCCCGACACGGCGUCCACUCGGGACUUCCCCACCAUGCCGGGCGCGCCGCGCGCCGCCGCCGCCGCCGCCGCCGCCUCCCCGGCCCCCGCCGCCUCCCCGGCCCCCGCCGCCGCCCUCGCCGCCUGGGGCCCGCGCCGCUAGUCGCCCCGCGCCCUGAGCCCCGAGCCCCGAGCCCCGCGCCGCAGUUGUACGAGUUACUUUCCUUUACACUGGUGACUCGUGCGGUGACGACCGUCGCGGUUGUGUCCUCCUCGGAACUGUUGCGCGGUUAUGUUUCGCGCGCGCGUUCCGCCUUCGCGUCUGUGCCGUAGGGAGCGGGAAUUUUUUGUUCUAAAAAGAUUUACACGAAAAAGGAGCGUAACUUAUGUAAUCGAAUGUUACAUAUUUCUAUAAGAUUAUGUAUUUUUGUUCAUAGUAUAGAACGAUUAUUUUUAUUAAUUAUCGAUUAUUAUGAAAAGAAAUCAAAUUUUUGAUUCUCCGACGUGUGCGGGCCGCGACGCGAUCGGUCGGCCUAUUUCGACUGCGCGGCCGCUCCGGGACAUGAUGAUUUACUUAUUAGAUAGAUUAGCUGUCAUUAUUUAGGCGACGAUCUAUUUUUACGCGUCCAGUGAGAUUGCUGCAUUUUCCGAUAAUUCAUUUUCGUUCCGAACUAUAGCAACGAAAUUGGCUGAUCGAUUAGUUAUUAUUUUAACGUAUUUGUGUACGCAUGAUGUUAUUUUUAAUGAACUAUACCAUUUAAUCUUAAUAUGGAAGAUGCCAUUUGACUAAGUUGUUAAUAUCUCUAUUCUGAUAUACGACAUAUACCCGUUUUAUUUUAAGAAUCCUCUGAACCGCCUUGAGCUAUGCUAUCUUAUCGAUAUACGAGUACUAACACGGCUAAUUUUCAUAACACGUUGGAUAAGUUUAAGUAUUAAACGCUAUUCCUAUUUAAUCUAAACCUAUCAAUAGUCUUACAUAUACAAUAUUUCAUAAGUUUCUUUCUCGCGUCGUUCAGGAGGAUCCUUACAUUUCGUAUUUUGUCCUAGUUGAGUGCAUAAUUUAAAUGUAUCUGUGUACUUAUUGUUUAAAAUUAUAAUAAAAUGUCUAUUUUUUUUUCAUAAUAAUUUUCAUAUCUUAUUUUUUCUAUACUAUGUUUUGUAAGUGUUGCCUAUAACAAUAAAAUGAAUCAGUAAUAUAAAACUCGAGAAUGAAUAUUUUUACAAAGUAAUUUGUACAUAGCAAAUUUUGUUUGAAAUAUAUUAAUAAAUCUUUUACAAGAAUUGAA